AUGGCUCAAGACGUCUUCAUGGAUCCUUGGCAAUCGGCGACCAGGUUCGUUUUUUUAAAUUGGGCCCAGCAAUAAUUGGAUAUGAAAUGGACGCCGUUUGAUUAGUUCCUAUAGGCUAUAGCCGGAGAGACCGACCCCCAAAUAUAUCACAUUUCCAGUCUUACACUGACUUUUCGUCGCGACGACGUUGAAAAAGAAACGUCCAUCACUUUUUGUGUGAUGACGUCAUAGUGAUAAGCGACGCGCUUGUUAUCAGUCAAGUGUUUCAGUUUUUCGAUGGAAGACGAAGAGAUGGGAAUGCCGUCCGGCAAGUACGCCAGAAUGGACGACGAGAUGGGCGAGAAUAAGGAGCGAUUCGCGAGGGAAAACCAUUCCGAGGUGGGCACGGAUUUCUAUACGUUCAGUUUUCUUCUUAUUGCGAUAUGGUGUUCGCACACUCCUGUUGUCAACCGUAACCGUUGGCUUCUCGAAGUUUACGAUUUUGAGCCAUUUUUACUGAUUCUCCACCCGAUUCCUACAAAAAGUGGUGUUUUCAAGCGCCAGUCAUUCAUAUUUGUCGGAAUUCUGUGGGAAAUUAGUGAAAAUAGCAACAAAAAAAAUCGGGUAUUCGGCCAAAGUGGCGGUUACGGUUGACAACAUGAGUCUGCAAACGCGACACCGCUAGAAAAUACGACACCGUACCAAGAAGCCUCUUAAAUCGUCUUGCUCUUCUUCAGAUCGAACGGCGGCGCCGCAACAAAAUGACGCAUUACAUAAACGAACUGGCCGAGAUGGUUCCGCAGUGCGCUUCGCUCGGCCGGAAGCCCGAUAAACUGACGAUUCUGCGGAUGGCGGUGGCCCAUAUGAGGGGCAUUCGGGGACACGCCGCACAGGAUGAGACCUCCUACAAACCCUCUUUCCUCACCGAUCAAGAACUGAAACAUUUGAUUCUGGAAGCGGCCAACGGAUUCCUGUUCGUCGUCUGUUGUCAGACCGGAAAAGUGCUCUACGUGGCCGAUUCGAUCACACCGGUGCUCAAUUUGAAACAAGAGGACUGGCUUCAGCGGAAUUUGAACGAGUUGAUCCAUCCGGACGAUCAGGAUAAGAUUAGAGACCAAUUAUGUGGGAGCGAGGUGGCCGUAAACAAAGUGCUCGACCUGAAGAACGGAUCGGUGAAGCGAGAGGGGGCCUCGACGCGAGUGCACAUGUCCUGUCGACGUGGAUUCAUCUGCCGUAUGCGUGUCGGCGCACUCGAGCCCCUCCAUCGGCUCCGAAACCGUCGGCCGCUCUUCCAGCACGCCGGCCAGAACUACGUAGUCAUGCACUGCACCGGCUACAUCAAAAAUGCGCCGCCACAGGGAAUCAACGCGCCCGCUUCUUCUUGUUUGGUGGCAAUUGCCAGGCUUCAAGUCGCCUCGAUGCCCGUCUGUGCGGACCCUUCCUCCACCAACCAGUUCUCGGUCCGAGUCGCCGAAGACGGAAAGAUGACGUUCAUUGACUCGAGAGUCAGUGAUCUGAUCGGAUUGACCAAUGACCAGCUGAUCGGACGGUACUGGUGGGCCCUCGCGCAUCCGGCCGAUGAGAAGACCCUGCAAGACGCGUUCGUCGCACUUUUAGCGUACGUUGCUCACAAUUCCGAUUACCCUACCUUCUAUAUUUUAGAGAUCAGCCAAUGCGGAUCAAUAUCCGAGUGCGGACAAGCACCGAUUACGUCCCUUGCACAGUUUCCGCAUACAAGUUCAUGAAUCCUUACUCGGAACAGUUCGAGUACGUCGUCGCCACGCAUCAGAUCGCUCCACAGGAAGACAUAAACAAUUGGGUCGCCGCCGCGCCGCCAGCACAACCGGCAGCCUUCGAAGCAGCUGGAAACGCGGAUUAUGGAGCGUCGGGGAGCGGAUGGAGGCCUGAAGGUCCGCAGCAAGCACCGCCUGCUCAAUGGCAGUGGGAUCCUAUGAAUGGCUACAACCAAUGA